AUAGCUCUGUCUCUCCGUGACGCCUCAGCAGCCGCGGGUCGGGUUGCUGUGUAUCCCAAGAAAUGUUUCACAACACAAGUUGUCAGCUCUGCAGAUGGGUGUCCACACUCCGCUGUUUUUCUCAAGCAUGACUCAGUCCUCUGCAAAAACUCUUCUCCCUUGUAAAUCCUGGACCAAACCCUGUGUCUGACGCCCCAUCUAGUGUUCAGCACCGGCAGAUGCAGAGGGGGUCUGUGCACAAGAAAGAGGUGACUGGAGAACUCACAGCAUUUUCAGCGAUGUUAAACCACCUUUAUAAAACUUAUUUGUCUCCAAGAGAGCUCGGAGAGAGCCCAGGCGACACGGAUUCCUGCAUAUCCCACUGCCAGUUCAGUUAUUUCCUCUGGAUUCUCUGCAGUCUCUGGGUGUCCCCAAGUGGAGAUAGCAGCUGAAAAGCCCUGGAAACCCAGCUCCUUCUGUGCCUGGCAGCCCACCCCGGGGCUUGGAGGACACCUGGGCAAACCCAGGAAUGAAACCUAUUUCAGCCUUGGAAUAAAGAGCCAAGAGUCGAUGGCAGCUGACAGCCUGGAUCCUCUCAAGCAGGGAACAAUGUCACUCCUGGCUGCUCGGCAGUCAGCAGCACUGGGCGCUCUUGCUAAGACAGUCCUCAAAUCUUGAGCAGGUAUUUUGAAUACUGUUAUUUUAAAUAACGGUGCUCAGUGUUUUUCCAAUGAGAUUUUUAAAAAUAAAAUGGAAAUUACUGAGAAGUGCGUUUCACGAUUUUUCGAUUUUUUUUUUAAUGAAAAGAGUGUCUGCUUUCUUCAUGAAAAAAAAAACAAACAAAAACAAAACCUUUUCCGCUGUCUGUCCUUUGCAAACUCGCUUUUUUUUUUUUUUUUUUUUUUUUUUUUUUUUUUUUUUUUUGGUGGUGGGGAGAUAGGCUCCGAGGACUUGGUUUUCACAAAGCAGCUUUCUGACACGUUCAGUGCUGCGAAUUGCAGAGCCCCCGGCAGUGCUUCGGGCUGUGUAAUGUCGUGUGCACAACCAUUUGCACUUAAGCCCAAAACAAGCAUCUCUGUGUUCUCCGUUAAUCACCAGCUCAAUUAGCACCUUGGUUAAGAUGCUGAGAGAUUCCAGUCCUCCUCCCAUCAGAGCUGGGAUUGUUCUAGUGAAACUCUCACUCUGCCUAUGCAAUGCUUUGUUCCCAACACUUUCAGUUCUCCUGGAGCAGCGUGAUAAGUCUGUUAACUCAUUAACACCUCCAUCUUACAGGAGACUUGGCUUCCAGCCCCAGGCUCCAAGCUCCAGGAAGUUUUUUCUGCGGUUUCUGUUUUGGUUUCUUUUCCUGCUGAGUUAGGCUGGCACCAUGAAGCUCCUGAAGGCUGCUGUAAUUUUUGUUGUUGUGCCCACUCUGACGCCGGCGGCGGCGCUGGAGCCGCUCAGCGUGGGGCUGGCUCUCGGCGUGGCCUCGGCGCUUACCGGCUACCUGUCCCACCCCAGGUUCUACUGCAACUACGUGGAGUGCUGCCCCCGCGCCGGGCAGCGCCUCAACGCCAGCGCGCUGAAGGCGCAGCUGGACAACAGGCUCUUCGGGCAGCACCUGGCCAAGGACGUGGUGCUGAAGGCGGUGCUGGGUUUCAGCAACAACCCCAGCCCCAAGAAGCCGCUGAUGCUGUCGCUGCACGGCUGGGCCGGCACCGGCAAGAACUUCCUCAGCCAGAUCCUGGCGGAGCAGGUCCACCCCGCUGGCCUGCGCAGCAAGUUCGUCCAUCUCUUCCUGGCCACCCUGCACUUCCCCCACCACGACCAGGUCAAGCUCUACAAGGAACAGCUGCAGAACUGGAUUCGAGGCAAUGUCAGUGCCUGUCCCUCCUCGGUCUUCAUUUUUGAUGAGAUGGACAAAAUGCAUCCAGGUGUCAUUGAUGCCAUCAAGCCCUUCUUAGACUAUUACGAGGAGGUUGAUGGAGUGUCCUAUAGGAAAGCCAUCUUCAUCUUCCUCAGCAAUGCAGGUGGUGAUUUAAUUAACAAAGCAGCUCUUGACUUCUGGACAAGUGGAAAGCGCAGGGAAGAUAUUCAGCUGAAAGACCUGGAGCCCUUGCUCUCUGUAGGAGUCUUCAACAACAAGAAUAGUGGGCUGUGGCACAGCAGCAUCAUUGACAGGAACCUUAUUGACUACUUUGUCCCUUUCCUGCCCCUGGAGCAGAGGCAUGUGAAGAUGUGUGUCAGGGCUGAAAUGACAGCUCGUGGCUACGCUGUGGAUGAGAAGAUUGUUCAGGCAGUGGCUGAUGAGAUGACCUACUUCCCCAAGGAGCAGAAGAUCUACUCUGAUAAAGGCUGCAAGACUGUACAGGCCAAGCUGGAUAUUCAUGAAGACCUUGUGAUGAGAGAGCUGAAAGUCAGGGGUUGAUUUCCACUUUGAGUCUCCAGAGCACUUUCAGAGUGCUUUGGAAAUUGUGUAUUUGCACUUACACUUGUUUACUGCUGCAGGGAGUAUGGUGAAAAUACCGGAGUGAGCUGUAUGGGCUUUGUAGCUUGUGUUUUUUUUGUUGUUGUUUUUUUUUAACUUAACAUAGAAUUGGGACUUAAGAGAUCAUGUAGUGCCAUCUUCUGCCAUGGGCAGGGAUACUUUCCACUCAAUCAGGUCAUCCAACCUGGCUUUUAAGCACUGUUCAUCUUUGAACUGGCUGGUAUCCCAAUGUUGCCCCCUUUAGUUUUCUUUUAAUCUAUAGAGAAUUUCUAGUGUGACACACAGCACUAGAUACAGCCUCUCCUGCUUUAUUCUUCCAAGUGUUGGGAUUAAGUAUUAAUUCCUCUUUCCACAUAAACUAGAUUGGAACAUAGGAAAAGAGAGGAAGUUUUCCAGAUAGUCAUAGUCCCUUCCAUGUACACAUUCAUAGUGAAAUGGAGGGAUGUGUGCUGUAUUCUGAACUAUGAUCACACAGGGGUGAACUCCUUGGUGCAUUGCAGUAAGAAGAUGAUAUGGUAGAAAUCUUCCUGUGCUUCAGCUGGGAAUUAUCCUACAUCUAGUACAGUAAAAGGGGAAGUCAUUAUGAGCUCCUAGGAAUCUGUUACUAAAUAAUAGAGAGAGAGCAGGGGAGGAAGAAGUAAGAGCUUACCCCAUGUUUCUUUGGGGAAAAAUAAAUUAUUAAGUGUUCUUUAAAGGGGCUGCAUAAAUUUGUGACUCCAGGUCUUCCUAAACUGGGGGACUCAUCUGAGAGAUCUUUUGCAACCUACUACGCCAGUCUUCUGUACUUAAGCAGAAAAAUCUCUCAUGAGAAUUCGACUGUUGCAGUUUGUCAGGUUAAUGUGUGUGUGUGGGCUUCUGGGCCUGAAGUCUGCAAGGUCUUUAGUGCUCCCUUCCCACUGCUCCUAAUGGUCAAGGUGUGGAUAAUGCUCCUCUCGCCUUGCUUGGAAGACACUUGGAUGGAAGAAGUUAUUUUUAAUAGUGUAUUUUUAUGCUGAAGUGUAAACAACAGCAACAAUCUCAUACCUCACUAGUUAGGUAUGUUAUAUAGUAGUAAUUUUAACAUGCCUGUGUGAAAGGUUGAGCUAUGAGUUAAGAAGCUGGGAAAGAUGAAUUUAACCUUCACCCAGUAGGGAGACUGGGUUUUAAAUGCUGUUGCAAGCUUUAACUCUUAGUCUCCCAUCACUUGUGUAUCGAAUGUUCUAAUGCAAGACAGAAGUGCCUUUCACUUUAUUGAUUGUACUGUGGUUUUAAAUUGGUACAAGGGAUGGGGCUGUUUUUGUGCUGCAUCAUCUAUUCCCUCAGUUGUUCUUAAACUUCCUUUAAGAGGUGAUGCUAAACUGUAGGUUUCAUUACAAUUAUGCUAAUUCAGAUUACAACAGAGAGUUUAGCACUCAUGUUAAGCUCUAAAUUAAAAGUGUUGAUUGCCUUUUGCAGCUCCACUGGAGUUUGUCAAACGUUGGCAAACUGUUCACACUGAUGCAACCUCCAGAGUCAAACACUUGCAAGCCAUUAACCUUGGGACAUUGGACUGUCACUUUUCAGUGUGAUGUUUUGCCUACUAACUGAUUUGUUUGUAGUUGUAUAUGCUGCAUCCAGUUUCACUUACUCCAAAAAGAAAAUAUUUGUGCUGUUUCAAAACACUAAAUACUACCGUACUGCAGUUGGAAUAAAUCCUG